CUUUUCCACCAGCUGGCUGGGAGCACUGGCUUUGUUUGGAUGUUUGGGAUUAACAAAAAAUAACAAAUCUGCAGAAUCUGCUGUCCACCUCCCCUCUGUUGAAAUCUGGUUCUGGAAAUAUCGGUGAAUUCUGGUCCGCAUUAGUGUGUAAUUAGGCGUGUAAUUGUCCGCUUGCGUAGUCAAUUUUCCAACCACAGUGUUUGUGCGAUCAGUUCGACCAAAUCUCAAACAACAAAACAUAACCGGGGGACGGAACUCUUAGCACCCAAAUGACCAACAUCGAGCAGCACCAUGACGUGGUUAAGGAAAGCUUUUUUCACUUCAUCCGCAAACAUAUACCGAAAGCGGACCUGAGCAUCGUCGACGAGAUCGUGCUGUCGUACGUAAUAUCCAUCCUCGAGGAAGCCUCCCAGGAUCCGUGCUUCGAUGUGGAAGGCUUUAUUGAGAUGAUGUCGGCGUACUUUAACGACUUUGCGAACAUCGAACCGGAAACGGUGUGCGCCUGGAUAUUCGAGCUGGAAAAUCAAAUCUCCAACAAGAACCCGAACUCGAAGUCGGAAUCGAACAAUCUGUCGCUCAACUCGCUGUCCCUGGUCGAUAUGAUACCGGAGGAGAAGCUGCGGGGACGCCAUUCGUCCGAAUCGGACCGGGAGGGGAUGGGACACGACUCGCACAAACGUACCCAUCGCCUUUCGGACAGCGAUGGCGGCUCGACCGAGGGCUGCAACUACGACCUUUUUGCGGAGCAGUGCGACAUUCUGCAGGAAAUGUUUCCCGACAGUUCAUUUAUCGAGGUCAAGCAUUGCACUCUGAUCGCGAAUGGAGACGUCGAUCGGGCGACACAAAUACUGCUCCAUCGGCAGGAGGCGGGCCAAAGCCUGAAGGGCCCAUCGAACAAUAUGCUGCAGGCGAACAAACCCCACCAGCAGGUGGACGAACACGAGCUUAAAAAUCGCAUCAUCUCCAAAUAUUCGUACGUGGAUAAGGACCGGGAGGACAGCCGGGAGUACAAACCGGUCGCCCCGAAGGUGGAGCCGAAGAAGAUGAUCCGAUACCGCGACAACAAGAUCGUCUCGUUCAAGGGCGAACGGUACACGGAGGUGUCGCGCCGCGGCGGCGAGGAAGAGACUGAACUCAAAAAACCUAAGAAACCUAUCUGUCCGUAACUAAUGAUACUCAUCAGCCCCACACUCACUAGUUCAUAGCGAAACGUUAAACGCUUCAUCGAAGCUGCUGUAGUGCAACCAAUCCCCGCUGGACGUGUAACGUGUUCCACGAUCGCCCCCCUCAAAGACCGCCACGAUUGGUGGGACUUUGGGUGAUCGUAAUCAUCCCCCCCCCCUUCCCACUGUGCAAAAGGGCAUGCUGCUGAUUUUAGCUGCCCGUUAAUCUCAAGACUUAUAGUCAUUCUUCUCGCAGUAACACAAAAACAAAACCCAUAACCCAUCAUCACCUGGCAGGGUGCGCCCAAUGGUCGCACACGCACAGUUGUGGUUGGUGUAACAUCGAUCUGACGAACCGAAAGGCGAAGAGUUCAGCAAUGAGAUAGUAGUAGUUUAUCACCCCUCCCCACCCCCCUCACUCCCCCCCAGGAAAUGUGGCAAUUUUCAGCUACCUAAUUUGAACGUAUUUUAUAGUUGUACAAAAUGAGCGGAUGUGUUCUCGUAGGCGUAACGGAAUAGUCAAGUUGCGGGACGGCAUGUGGAGGACGAUGAUUCGAUUUUGUGGUAGGCAAAAACAUCUCCUGUGUACUUAAUUUAUAUUAUGUGUGUGUGUGUGCAAUUACACAGACAGUUUUCCUCAUACCGAAAAGGGGUUUGCGAGAAAAGAGAAGAGUUUUUCUUGAUGCGCCAACCCUGCUCUAAGUGGAUGGAAGAGAGCCGGUGAGCAUCGAUAUUCUAAUGGGUUCCGUUACUACUUAGUUCCUUUGCAAGGGAAACCAGUGCCGCUUCCUCCUGCAUUCCUUCCCUUUCCUUUGUAUUAUUAAUUAGGUAAUCGUAAUAUAUACGUGUAUAAUAAUAUUAACAGAAAUAAAAAGAAAACAACAACAUGACAGUCAACCUUAA